AUCCUUUCCCACUCUGCACGCUAUGCGACUAGGUCGACGCUUCAGACAAAUGCUGAACAAACAUGGCAACAAUGAGGUAAUGGUGAAAGAAAUGGUUGAGAAACUAAUGGAGUACAGAGUCAAAGCUGAUAAAAGCAAACUACCAGGCAGUUGUGCUCUCGACUGGGAGUUCAACCAUAGCUCUAUAUUCGUUGAAGCGGACACCCCACGGGGGCUUUGUGGAGCAAGGAGUACUGCAGCAUUGACCAUUCGUGCUGGUGGGGAAGUUAGCUUUUAUGAUAAAUACCUUGAAAAGGGGGUGCGGAUUGAGAGAACAAUUAACAUCAUAUCCAUCAAAAAACUAGAGAUUUUGCUACUCAACUUACUUAUUUGUGUAUGUUAUAAGCACCUAAGUUAUAACGAUUAUAUUAAUGAAUAUGCUUAUAAUAUAAACCGUACAAAACCAAGGACAAAUUGCAUGUAA